AUCACGACUCUGACAAAAACAUUCCACCGAAGAAGCAGGCAAGGUGGUUCUCCAUUUCACAUUUCUUUCUCUUUCUCUCGGCGAAGAACAGAGUCAGAGAGGAAGAGCCUUUUGGAUUCAGAACGAGAUGGAUCAGAUAUUCGGCAAGGUUGGAUCCUAUUGGUUUAACCAGAAAGCCUCCAAGGAGAUCAAUUCCGUCGGCGACGACAUCAACUCACUGUCAAACACUCUCGAAGAGGGAAGCAAAUGGUUGGUCAACAAAUUAAAAGGAAAGAUGCAAAAGCCAUUAACGGAGCUGCUAAAGGAGUAUGAUCUACCAAUCGGAAUCUUUCCUCGUGACGCAACAAACUAUGAAUUUAACCCAGAGACAGGAAAGCUUGUUGUUUACAUUCCUCAAGUCUGUGAAGUAGGCUACAAGGAUUCAUCAGUUUUACGCUUCUUCACCACCGUGACUGGUUAUCUGGAGAAAGGAAAGCUAGCAGACAUAGAGGGAAUGAAGACAAAAGUGUUGAUCUGGGUAAAAGUGACAACCAUUUCCUCGGAGGGAUCGAAGCUCUAUGUGACUGCUGGCAUGAAGAAAACAAGGAGUAGGGAAGCAUAUGAAGUUACAAGAGAUGGUAUAUGUAUAGAUAAGUUCUAAAGCCUUAACAUCAUUUUGUCUAUAGUUUGGCAAUAUGUAAAAACCUGUAUGUUCUUGUGGACCAUUUUGAUCUUCUUUUCCUUGGUUGGUUAUUGUAAGUAGUGGUAAAAUAUGUAUCUCAGAUACUGCCUUGCAAUUCCAAUGUUGUGAUUUGCUGAAAGUGAAAUCUAUUCGGUACUUGUUCA